AUGCUUUGCGAAUGUUUGCCUGGUUAUCACGGAAAUGCUGCCGUUAAAUGCGAUAAAGCCGGAGACUGCAUUUGUCAACACAAUACAGCCCUAAACGAAAACGAAGAAUGCGUGCCAUGUCUGCCUGAAAAAGGCUUCACGAUUGACAAAGAUGGUCGAUGCGUAUGCGACUUGGAAAAAGGACUUAUCGUUGACGAACGCGGAAAUUGCGUUUGCCCCAUAGAAUUUGGAUAUCGCCUCGACGUUAGAGGUAACUGCGUACCGGUUAAAGGACCAAAAUGUGAAACGGACGACGAUUGUCCAGAUUUCAAAUAUUGCAACCCCAACACCAAAACUUGCGAUAAUCCGUGCGCUAAAAAACGUUGCGGAGUUUACGCUCUUUGCAACGCUACCAACCAUCAAGCUGUUUGCCAAUGUGUAAAUGGUUAUACAGGAAAUCCUGAUAAAUAUUGCAAUUACACUUCACCCUACAGAACUGAUUUCCCUAAACCCGACAUGAUGGUUAGCUGUCUCUCAGACGGUGUCCAAGUGGAAAUUCUAAUCAACGAACGAGAAGGAUUCAAUGGAGUCCUUUACGUUAAAGGACGUAGCAAAGACGAACAAUGCAGACGAGUUCUUACACUGCCACCCAACUCGGUUUCUAGAACUGAAUUGUUCAAGGGAAAAGCCAGUUUCGUAUUAGUAAUCCAGAAACAUACAAAAUUAGUCACCUACAAGGCUCAAGCCUAUCACAUACAGUGCGUCUAUCAAACUGGCGAGCAAAAUGUCACUCUAGGCUUUAACGUUUCAAUGUUAACGACUGCCGGAACUAUUGCGAACACUGGACCUCCACCUACUUGCCUGAUGAAAAUCGUAACCCCAACUGGUCAGGAGAUUAAUUCAGCAGAAAUCGGUGAUAGUCUUAUUUUACAAGUAGACGUACAACCCGGAUCGAUUUAUGGAGGUUUUGCCAGAAGUUGUGUGGCAAAAACCAUGGAAGAUUCAGUCGAAAAUGAAUAUUUGGUAACAGACGAAAACGGUUGUGCUACAGAUCCCUCGAUAUUUGGCGAAUGGGAAUACAACCCCGACACACAGAGCUUAUUGGCGACAUUCCACGCUUUCAAGUUCCCGAGCAGCGAUAAUAUCCGAUUCCAGUGUAACAUUAGAGUAUGCUUUGGAAAAUGCCAACCAGUUAAUUGCCGAGGGAGCGACGCGUUCGGCAGAAGAAAGAGAGCCGUUAAGGAUAACGAUAAUGAUACAGACAAUUUGCUGUCGGGACAACUGAGGGAAGAAAUUACCAUACAAUCGAAUGCUAUCCUUACUUUAGAAAGAAGAGAAGAAAGAUACACAGAUACCUCGUUGUCUCCAGACGCCCAAAGGUCAGAAGACAUCUGUGUUUCUAUGAUUGGAUUUAUAAUAGCCUUAAUCAUCACUGCCCUUUUGGCCUUGGUUGCUGUGGCAGUGGCGGUGUCCUGUUGGUUAAUGGCGUACCGUCGAAGGCCCAAGUCCACUGGACCACUUCCGCAUCCGCCGGAGUUCCCGAACCCGUUAUUUACAACACCAGAACCCAUGGCCGAACCAAGCCCAGACUACCUCACGUAA